AUGCCUAUCGACGUUGUCUUCGGUGGUGCGCUAAUGAACAAACCUUAUCCCGAGGCAUGUGUACUCAUUGAGGACAUGGCUCAAAACCAUUAUCAAUGGGGUACAGAGCGUGUACAAGUAGAGAAGAAAGAGACUAAAGGAGGUAUAUACAAGGUUAGCAGCUUCAGACAUAUGAACGCCAAAAUGGACGCCCUAACCCAAAAAGUCGAAAGCUUAGUCAUAAAUCCUACAGCUACCGUAGCUGCAGGGCAUCCUGGAUGCAAAAUUUAUGGAACACUAGAAUAUGUGACCGUCGAGUGCAGUCUACUAGCUGAAAUAAACCCAGACCAGGCCAACUAUGCCCUAGGAAACCCCUAUUCAAACACUUAUAACCCUGGAUGGAGGAAUCACCCAAACUUAUCUUACAAGAACAAUAACCCUACCUUUUCCCAAACUCUGCUCCUCAAAGACCAGCAGAAUAAAGAAUUCAUGAACCAGAACAUCCAUAUUAACGAACUGAUUUCACAAUUAAGAAACAAUGUUGAUUCUGUGGUGACCCACAACAAGAUGCUUGAAACCCAAAUCUAUCAAGUAGCACAACAACAAGCUGCUCAGGCUACACCAGAAGGAUUGUUCCCUGGACAACCUCAACCUAACUCUAAAGGCUAUGCUAACGUUAUUUCGCUGCAAAGUGGAACUCAAUAUGAUGGGGCUAAAAUUUCAGAACCACCAAAAGAAAAUUUUGUGACUACUCCAAAGAAACAAAAAGAGGAACCUGCAGAACCUGAAAAACAAAGAGAGAAGGAUAUUAAUGAUAAGGAGGCAAUGAAUGAUAACCAAGAAAAUUGA